AGGGUUGUAUUAGAUGGUAGAAGUAUUUUUCUGUUGAAGGAGAUUUCAAUACAUAUUUAAUUUUCUUCAAUGAAAAGCUAUAUUAUUGUCUAUAUAGUAUAGUAAUAUGUUUUAAGACGAAUUCAACCAGAUGUUAUUUGUGUAAUUACCUUUCAUGAAAGCUGAUAAAAUAGACAAAAAACCGUAGUGUUCUUUCUUUACUUACAAAGUCCUUUCACUCGUAACCCUGCACAAUGUUACAGCGUUUCAGUAAUUUUCAACAUUUCUCGAGUUAUUUCAGUAUACAUUCAGUAACAUAUAUAUUCUUCUGCGUAAAUUACACAGCCAUGAAAAUAUGUGUGACUUGUUUUGGUUGAACACAGAGUUAAGUAGAUUUAGCAUAAUCAGUACUGUCAGUUUUUGACUAUUUUAUCCCCUUCCGUGAAAGGAAAUGAAUUAAAUUGAAUUGGCCAUGAAACGUACUACCAUUGCAUGAAUCCAAAAAUAUAGCAUUCCGUUAGAUAACAUUAAAUUGCAUUCGAAAUCUGAUUCAUUACAACAGAUAGAAGAAAAAAUGUUGCAGCCAUCUAGUACACUUCUUCGUACCAAAUAACUUUUCUUGAAACAUUUUUUGCAUGAUAUCACCCGCUUAGACAAUAUUUAAUGUUUGCUAAUGAAAAAAGGUUCGAACGAUAUGCAUCUACAUAUUCAUUCUUAACAAAUUCAAUUACAGAAAUUUUCUAAGUAAAUAAUUUUGAAAUGAUAUUUUUGUAAGAAAAUUUCUAUUAAGGCUCUAAUAUAGUUGGAUAAUUUAUUUUAGGGUUUUUUAACAUGUUUUCGAAUCUACAUUAUAAUUGAUACAUAACACGUUUUCCAAUCUAUAUUAUUAUAUUAUUAUUUAUAUUUCCGAUUGAACUUUCAAUUUUUUAAUAUUACUAUACGAUUUUUCUAGUUACGUACAUAACGCAUAUAACAAUUUUUCGUAUUUAUCUAUACAAGCUUCAGUUCUUUUAUCAUGUAUAUCCUCCUUGUAUUUUAUAUAUCAUUUAUUCUCUCAACCUUUUUGAUGCACAUAUAAGUAUUAAUUUGAUAUUAUAAUUAUGUACAUAUACGUAAAGUUAUAAAAUAAAUAUUACAUACAAGUAUCAUUCGCGUUAUUAUUAAUUUUGUAUAUUUGUUGCGCAUUCAAUUACUUUGUACAUGUUUACUGCUCCACUGUAAAUAGUAGACAAUGCAAAAUACUUGAAUAAAAUGGAAGUGGCACUUCCAGAAUAAUGUUGCUUCACCUAGUUUCUGUUUAAUUAUUAAGUUAACAAAUUUUAUUACGCGCUUUUAAUGUUUGUAUUACCAAUAAAAAGUGUUGACUCAAAAAUCCGAGAAAUAAUAACUAGUUGAAAAAUUCGCUACGCUUCUACGCUUGUAGCCUGAGACUUGAAAACGGACCAUGAAUUAUGCCAAUCCUGCGUCAAUCGUUAGAACAGGAUAGUAUCUAGAUCUUCUUUCUUUCUUCGUAUCUAGAGCUUCUUUAAGCAGAUUUUUAAUCUUUUAAUGAAAUUCAGUGUAUCUGCUAAAUAUUGUUUUUAUUAAUUUAUCACAUUAUGUUUAAUACAUUGUCACAGUUCCCAAAGUUUUCAUUUUUCUUUUUACCCUUUUUACUUUUCUCUGUUAAUAACGAAAAUAUCAACUUAAUUAACGAAUCAAUAAUAUAGUCUGUAUGUUGUAAGUUGCACAUCAAGGAUACCUAAUUCAGGAUGCGAAGAUCAAAGAUUCGAUAACGAUAUUCUUUGGCUGCAGGUUUAAAUGGAAGUCUCCUCGUGGUUGAUUCAAAAGUCCAAAAUUUUUAAAUGAAUUCGACGCGGAAUUUUUCGAGAUUUUUGAAACAAUACUGUACACAGAUAUAUGUAUGUGCUUUGCUGUUGUAUUAUGUAUUUUUCAGGGAAAUGAAAUCAAAACAUUUAUAGGUAACUAUCAGUUUUUAAGUAAACGGAAGCUAUAUUAACCCUUUUGUUCUGGAUUACUUGUCACAUAGACGAUUCAUUGUAGUUGAAUUGCAUCGUUGAACAGACGACAUUAAUACAUAUGGAGUUCUUACAAUGCACUAUUGUGUUUUUUGUUCUGUGGCACAAAUAUUGUUUAUUAUACAGCUACUAGUAUUAUUCCUUUGCAUUUGAGAUGCCCCCUUCUUAUUGUUAUUCAUACAGUUCAACAUUUGUAAUUAAAAUUUCUAUUUAAAAGCUGUUCAUAUUACAAAUCAUAAAACAACAGUAAAAGUACAGUUUUUCAAAUUUUACUGCUAGUACUUUUAUUUUUAAUUAAUUAUUUUAUAUAUAUAAUAUAAUAUAUAUUUUAUUAUAUUAUAUAAGAUGUAAUAGUUGUUGAAAUAAAUAGUUGUUUUCUUUAAAUAAUUAAUUUUGAUACUUUAUUAAAAAUAAUAUACUUUUAAUGUAACAAGCAACGUUUCCGUAAAAUCGUUUUUAUGGAAACCACAAAUUUUCAGGUAAAUAAUAUAUGCACAUUUUCUGAUGCGAAAGAGUUGACUAUUCGCCCCAAUAAGACUACUUUCUUCUUCAGAAUAGAAUUCUUUAUCCUCUUCUACUUGCAGAGGAUAUAAAAUAUUAAUAACCGUUGUUUCUGAGGGUGAAGCCACGCGUUUGGAUCGGUGGAAACGUGUGAAAGCAGAGUUUUUCAGAAUGAUUUCAACAUUGAGAAAUAAUGACAAAUUUUGUUAAAUAUAUUGAGAAUAAUAAAAUAAGCAAUUAUACAACUACGGACAAUUUUACGAGCUCUUUUUACAAGUGUUCACCUAUCCAGAUGUGUGUAGUUACUCCUGAUAACGGGUUUUGUACGCACAGUGCUGUACUAUAUGCACAAGAAACCGCAAAUGUGCAUACUAAAAUUCUGGAGAAUUAAUAGCAAAAUAGAACGCGGGCAAUGUAUGAAAUGUUUGAAAAUAUAAUUUUGAAUCAAACAAAUGUUGUUUAUAAUUGCGUUUAGAGGACACUGAUUGAACAACUACAUUUUUGUUACGCGUGUCGUAAAAUAAUAAUUCAUACGGCAGUAAUUUGCACAAGAAAUGCAUUUAACGCACUAUUUGCGGUUUUUUACAGUUGAAUUGCGUAUUAUUGCAACGUGCAUAACAAUGAUAACUGAUUAAUACGUGCAUGAACAACUGAUAAAUACGUGCAUGAACAAUUGAUUAAUAACCACUUGUAGGUAUUAUUAUUAUUAUUACUAUUAUUAUUAUUAUUAUUAUUCAUUAUUAUUAUUACUAUUAUUAUUAUUAUUAUUAUUAUUAUUAUUAUUAUUAUUAUUAUUACUAUGAUGUAUGAUAGUGAAACAUUAACCAGAAUACUAUUUCCACAGAAUUUUGAAUUUGAACUUAACGUUAAUGAUUGUAAAAUUAUAUUUUCAUCUUACUCUUUGUUGGAGUAAAAGUUUAGGUUUUUCACACAAGAAUCAAAACCCUCGAUGGAUGCUUGUGAAAGCGAAGAGUUUAUGUCUUCUUCUGUAUGUUCAAAUAAAAGCGAAGCUAGACUCGAGAAUUUGUUAUGGUAUCACGGUGAUAUGAAGUUAUGCACUAUAUAUCCUCAACAAAAUGUUGAUAUCUCAAGUUGGUUAACGUAUCAAUAUGGAAGAACGUUUUUUCCUUUGCAUACAACUAACGCUGCUGGAAGUUCGUUACAACCAGAGUACAAAUUAUAUAUCCUUGUUGAAGCCGACCUUGAGAGUUUUAAUCCUACUUCUACGACAAAGGCUACAAAGGUUGAAGAAUAUGGUUUAAUUAUAACAUGGACGGCAAAUAAAAAUAUCGAUUUAAUUAUAGAGACAGAUUUAGAUAAACUUGUAAAAUUUUUUAUCGCAUCUAUGGAAGGUCAAUGUUAUAUUAAUAAUGGCUUGUUGCUGAAACGUAUACAGACUGUCCUGAUAUCAGGAAAGCCUUGUCUUUACGACUUCGAUUUACUGAAUGCACCGCCAGCUAAAAGGUUUAUAGAUAAAACGGAUUGGGAAACGCAUGUUGGAAAGUUAAGAAUAUUAAGCGACUGUGCCAGGUUAGCAACGGAGCAAUGCACAACACUCGAAGUCGCUGAAUUUCCAGGCUUAGUAAUGUAUCCGGACAAUACUGUAACAGAUAGAGAUGUCGAAAGUUCGUAUCGAGUUGCAUCAAAUGAAACAUUAGAAACUGAAAAUAGCAGUCUGAUUUCUACGCAAGAUUCCGUAAACAUUCUACAAGAAACUCUGUAUUCAUCAAAUGCGACAGACAUUGACAGAGAAGAGAAUAUUUCACGUCAAGAAGUAUUACGUAUGGCUAGCAAAUCACUCGACAUGCUAAAUACUAGAGAAGAAUCAGACGGCGACAAAGUUCGGCCGGCAUCAUGCAUUGAUAUCAAAACCACAACUGUGCCUGUGGAAAAGAAAACUAUUUUCGGUGCAAAGUACACUAGAGGCGCACCGCCUCGAGGUAAUUUAAAAAAUAUGGCGGAAAUAACAGCAAAACUACCCUGUAAAACUGUUAAGCCACCGAAUGUUUUAAUAUUUGCGGAUAGUAUUAUAGCACUUAACAAUGUGAAGAGUGUAUUAGAAGAGUCUCUCGGGACAUCUAAUUAUACUAUUUAUGCAUUAUCAUUAGACGAAGCACGUAGCGAUGCGUGGGUGGACAAUGCGGUUUUAGUUGUUGUUUGCGGAAAUGUUGGGAAUGAAGUCGGAAGCCAGCUCGUCGAAUAUAUUCUUGGUGGUGGUAAACUUCUCGCAUUAUGCUCCGACGUGCUCCAUGUAUUGCUUCCAUCGUUCAAAACUGCGGAAGUACGCGAGAAUGAGCUUGUUCACUUUUCUUACGGAAAAUGGAAACAUGUAAGAAUGAUGCACCAUAUUUUCUGUUAUCAAGCGUCUCCUAUACGAACAAGAUUUUCUCAAGAUCAUGAGGAUGUCAAAGUAUCUAGCAUAUCUACGCCGACUUCGUCAAAUGUAAAAGAUAGAAGAGGAAACUCGCAUUUAUUUGAUGUAAAAGUGCUUGGAACCGAGGAGACAUGGCAUACACCAAGCAUUUUACUUGCCAGCCCAACAGGAAACGUUGGUAAAAUUGUUUUCUCCCAAAUACAUCUGGAGGUAAAUCCUAUGCAAUAUGAACUUGAAGAGAACAAAUUUAAGGCUUUAACAGAAAGCAAUGAUGCUAGGAUAGAAAUACUUAAUGAUCUGUUAAGUGUACAUUUGGGACUUGAACUUCGUAAAACUACAAGUCUGUCUCUAACUUACACGCCAGCUUACUUCUUGGGCCGACACGAGUUGAAGUUGGAAAUGUUAAACAGAUUAAAAGACAAGAUGGAAUCCAACGACACCUUAAAAUUACCAAAUUUGGAAAUACAAUUUUGCCGAAGUAAUACAUGUUCCAAACCGGCUUCGUGUUCGUUUCUUCCAAUUAUGGUACACCAGUGUCCUGAACAUUUCUCAACGAUCGAAUAUUUUGAGAAUUUAACCACGAAAGAUUUAGGUCGUUUAGUAAUAUACGCGGAUGUAAUGAAAUCAUCCAUGGACGUUGUAGGCGGGGUAGAAUUACAACAUGGUUUAGCUGUUAUUCCUAGUCAGCAAACUCAAGGACGAGGACGAAAUAAAAACCAAUGGUUAAGUCCUAAAGGAAGUGCAUUAUUUACGUUACAAAUGCAUAUAUCGACUGAUACUAUACUUGGGCAACGUAUUCCACUCUUGCAGCAUUUAGUAUGUGUCGCGAUUGUAUCUGCAAUUAAAUCUCUACCUGAAUACGAGGAUGUUGAUCUGACAAUAAAAUGGCCUAACGACAUAUAUAUUGGGAAGAGAGUUAAAGUUGGUGGUAUGCUAAUUCAAACUACAAUAGCAUCUGGUGUUAACAUCUGUGAUGUCGGUGUUGGAGUCAAUUUGUCCAAUAGCGAACCACUUUGUUGUAUUAAUGAUGUAGUAAAAUUGAUUAAUAAAACUUUCAAUAAGCAGUUAAAGCCCAUCUCUUGCGAACAAUAUUUUGCCAUUGUGUUUAAUGAGAUUGAAAGGUGGGUGGACACUGUACAAAGUGGAAAUAUAGACGAAUUUUUGGAUGCUUAUUACAUGUAUUGGGUUCACAGUGAUCAAGACAUAACAAUAAUAUCAAGAACAGGUACAUCAGAAAAAGCUAAAGUGUUGGGUAUCGAUGAGUAUGGAUUUUUACGUGUUCGUGGGGAAAAUGGAUCUAUAUUCACUGUACAUCCCGAUGGAAACAGAUUCGAUCUCCUUAAGGGACUCGUAACUCCUAAAUAAUUCGACUAACACGUAAAAAUAAUUUCGUUGAGGAUUGUUCAGUCAUUAGUUAUAUAUUGUUAUUCUGUUUUAUUUUUAUACGUCAGUAAACAAGGUAGUUUUUUUACUUUUACUUUGUUUGUUUCUAAAUAUAAUAAAUACACUGUGUGAACUAUAUUUAAUCUUCUCCUAUUAUACCCUGUCACAGAACUUUUAUUAUGUACUGCUUAUUAAACAUAUAUAUGAU